AUGUCCACGAAUCCUCCACCGAACCCCCGCGUCGGCGUUGCGGCCAUUGUCAAGAACCGCAACGGCCAAUUUGUCCUCGGUCGUCGCAAGGGUGCACACGGCGCCGGAAAAUGGCAGUUCCCAGGCGGCCACCUCGAGUUUGGCGAGGAUCCAUCCGCCUGUGCCCAGCGCGAAGCUCUGGAGGAGACUGGGCUGGCGGUGACACCACUUGGCAUCCUGUCCGUGACCAACGACAUCUUUACUGCCGACAUCAAGCACUACAUUACAAUUUUCGUGCUGUGUCUACGAGUUGACGACUCAAAGGAGCCGGAGAACCUCGAACCGCACAAAUGUGAGGGCUGGUACUGGAAGGACUGGUCGUUUGUGGCGGAGCUGGCGCAAAGAGGCCCGGACGCGCCCGACGGUGUCUUCUUACCCAUUGUCAACAUGGUCAAGCAGCUGGGCAAUCCGCCGUGGGUUUCGCUGGAUGCAAAUGAGUCGUGCAGGUAA